CUGUCUUUGUUGGAAAAAGGUUCGUAAGUUGUAACAGCCACAUUUGAGUCUUUGACGACCUUUAAAAGCCAACUUUGCGUUGCGUGCUCUGCUUGUCUUCUUCUUCUUCACAGAAUACGAUGCACUCUUAGUUAGGCUCAGCACUUUCCAUCGUCGAUCACUUUCUCCCUUCUGUGUUUUGGUUCGGUCACUAUCGAAAUCUUAAGCAAGAUAACUCAAGUCAAGGUUUCUUGGAAUCUUAAUUGGACUCAUUGAUGAAUUCACAACUAGUGGUUGACUUGAAUAGCAAGAUGAAUAAUCCAUAUGCUGCAAACCCGGGUGAAGCAACUGUCAUGGGAUUUGAAAUUUUAAAAACAUCUGACUCCGGUUACAAUAAUGCAUACCCUUUGAAUGAAGACGAGGCACGUGAUCCACCUGAGAUUCCUCCACAAUUGCAAAACACCUUGGUCGGCUAUCCUGCUAAUGUCGAUAGUUUUAGUUCUCUUCCAUUGCCUCAGAACGCAAUUCUAAAUCAUCUUUAUAUUGAGAAUAGAGAGCCACAAAGAUCUGUGGUGGCUUUGGGAUACACUCAUCGCUUUCGUACCAAAUUUGUUACAGCAGUGCUCUACAAACCAGUUCAAAGAAGGGGAGCCACAAACAUUUGAUGUGCUGACUAUAAACCUUCUCGAAAGACCAGUUUAAAGAAGUGGACCAAAAUCAUUUGAUGUGCAUAUCAUGAACUUUUCAUUGUUGUUCAUUUGUAAUGAUUUAAUGUGUAGACUUGAUGUUUAAAUUAGCAGGAAGUGAUAUUUAUUGGACUUAUAAGGCUUCAGUAA